CAGUGUUUUUCAUAAUAAGUGAGCCUAUUUUCCCCCGGGUUAAAAGCAAUGCAAAUGUGGAAAUAAACCAAAUGGUGCAGUGUGAACCUUUAAUUUGAGGUUAUGUCAGUGUGUAUUAAACUGUCUCGUUUAAAGAUCAAGACUACCCAUUUACUGUCGUUGCGUGCUUUUAAUGACAACAUCUAUGAGCUCAGAGCUGCGUGCCACCCCAGCCCCCUUGGCUCGUAUAAAACCAGACCGCAAAGAUACAGUGAAAGAAAAGCUGGCACGAGCUGAAUCUGAACUGAGGAGAAUAUGGCUUUAAAAAGCGAAAAUGGACAGUGCAAAUAUAGUUUAUUAUUUGUCUUCAUAAUGCUCUUCAACAUAUCCAUAAGUACAUCAGUUAGUCUCGAUUUAACCGAGUUGCGAAAUAAAGUUUCCAAAAUUAAAGUCCAUCCACGAGGGAAUCUCUGGGCUACAGGUCAUUUCAUGGGCAAGAAGAGCAUUUCAAACAGCCAGUUACUAGACAACUUAGGAUCUAAGAGGUUUAAUGUUGAGCAGUCAGUAAGUUCAGAAACUGAAGAUUUGAGGGAACUGAUCAGUCAGGAGGUGCUGAAAGUCGCUCUUCAGGCUGAACUUCAGGAUCCAAAAGGGACACAAGGUCUUCAUAGCCAGGACACAGACUUCUUGAUGAAGCUUUUCAAAAACUACACUAAAGAAAGAAAUGUUGGCUAGCCUACAUAAAAUAUGAAUGUGACAAUUGUUUACAAAAUCUGUAUACACAAGUCUUAUUUAAGGCAAUUGUUUGUGUUUCUUAUUUAUGCCCGAUAAGUAUAUAAAUAUGUAUGUAUUUUGUAAAAGUGAAAACUAAAUUAAUAAACUGCUGUGACUACUGCAUAUUAACUGAAUGGAUGGAUGGAUGAAGACUAUUAAAAAUGUAUUUUAAGAAAAU